GCGUGAUCUUCCCGUUCAUGACGUCACGCGUCUCCUCCCAUGGAGUCAAGUCUCGACGUGUUAUAGCGGCUCCAUCGCAGCCUUGAGUGGGCACGCCCUUUCUUGCUCUCAACUACCAUGGCCUCCAUCUCAGCCGCAGUAUCCACCCUCGUACAAUCCCUCGUAGGGAUUGUCACUUCUCUGCUCAACUCCGUCUUCGGCGUCUUGCAGGCUGUCCUAGCAUUGGGCAAGGAACUCCUGAGCGGCGCGUUGCAACUCGCUCAGGCAUUCAUAUCGUUUGGGACGGAUCUAUUCGGCAGCCUAGUGGGCUUUGUAGCAGCUCACUUCGUACUCAUCCUGCUACUGGGUGGAGGGUACUACUGGUACACGAACACCCAAAGUGGCCGAAGGACUUCCAGGAAGCUCAAGCAUGAUAGUCCAGCGGAGAUUGUAGUCACGAACCUUCACGACACAGUGACGUUGCGAUGAGGAUUCUCUUAUUAUCGUAUAUCAUGAUACCGUCCAUCUGUUCUGUACGAGUAGAGUAGCUCCCGAAUGCUCAUGUUAGAUGCGGAAACGGAAGUUGUGCCACCGAGACAAACAGGAGCAACAGCACGGCGCGUGU